AUGGCGAUAGCCACCGACAGCAAGCAUCGAAUCGGCUACCGAUGGCGCUCAUCUAAAUUUCUUAUCAUUGCGUGUAUCGCAAUUGCUUUGUUUACAGAGAACUUCCUGUUCAGCUUCAUCGUCCCGAUUCUUGAUUACAUGUUAGAAGAGCGUCUCAAUGUUGAUCGAUCCAACGCUCAAUACGUUAUUUCACUCGUGCUUUCCGUCCAUGCGCUUGUGUGCGUUGUGGCUGGACCCAUAACAGGGCAUAUUGCCGACAGAAUCUCAUCACGAAAGGGUGCUUUGCUUGUCUCGUUGUCAUGCGAACUUAUUGGUACAACGAUUGUUGCAGCGGCACCUUCUGUUGGCAUACUUAUCUGCGGCCGAAUUAUACUUGCCAUCGGCGGAAAUGCAGCAUGGAUCAUCGGUAUGGCAACGCUCGCCGACACGGUUGGGUCAGAAAAUAGGGCUAAAACGUUGGGAGCUAUAUCUGUCGUCUACAAUUCUGGUUUACUUGUUGGUCCAAUGGUAUCCGGGUGGCUAUUGCGACUUGUGGGCUAUUGGCCAACAUGGAUUACCGCAUUUGCCAUCUUGAUCAUUGACAUGUUGGUGCGAUUGGUAAUCAUUGAAAAGCCAAAGGAGCAGGAAAAUGGAAAUGAUGUGAAGUCGGGAUCUACCCCGACACGUGAGAAUAAUGAACAUACAUUGCCGGAAGACGCAGAUGUCGAGGCUACAGCAGCAGAGGCAGACACCAGUAACUCCACCAGCGAGACUACUCCUUUACUCCAAGCCCAGAUGGCAAAUACUAGCGAUAUACAGGAUCGGUCUGCUCAAAAAAGUCCAACUCAGCAAACUCAUGGAGUUUCGAACUUUUAUCGCGUCGUACUAUCUCAUCCACGUGCACUGACUGCUAUGGCAUGCCAUAUGACAAGUUCUCUUGUCGUAACAAGCCUAGAUACGACGCUACCUCUGCAUGUAAUACGAGACUUUGGCUGGAACACGGCUCAGAUGAGUUUCAUGUUUUUUCUGAUUCAAAUACCCCAGCUAGCUUUGGGGACAUUUACGGGGUUUUUGCUGUGGCUUCUCGGUACGCCUGGAAAUGAUGGGUUCUCCUUCAUUGGUUCAGGUCAGAGGGGCCAGAUAAUUUACUCCUCUACACUGUUGGCUCUUGGAUUUGCAAGAAGUCUGACUAUUGGCACUGGCAUUAUUGAAAUGACAAGUGCCAUUAAAGAAUUACAAACGGAAAAACCAGGCAUCUUUGGUCCAAAUGGGGGUUACUCUCGAGCCUAUUCCCUGACCAAUCUAAGUUGGAAUAUAGGGCUGUUAUCAGGACCACUCCUGUCGGGCACCCUAGUACAAGCUGUCGGAUAUUACUAUAUGAAUCUCACAUUCGGUAUGCAACAUGAAAUUUUUCGGAUUUCCGAUUAA